AUGUGUGCUCAAGAGACAGACAUCGACUCAAACGAUAGCAAAACACUCGCCAUUGAAGAGACGGACAAAGAAGUGGACAACUUUUUCCGCACCCGAUCUCUGGUGUCGACAAAUGUGGACCAAUUGUUGGACCAAUUGAUUGACUUUUGUUUAAGAGAUUUUGUAUUUCUUUGGUAUAAGGAUUUGACCGAUGAUUGCGAUCACCAAACCAUUCAUUCAACGCUCAAAAACGAUUUUUACGAAAUAAUCGUUAAUAUUGUCCGAAGAAUGGCAUCAAUAGAUUCGCUAAAGUUUUUCACGCAUAAUAUCGUCAAUCGAUGUCUGAAACACUUCCAAAAGAUAACGAUCUGUUUGUCGGGUAAAGACAAUCAAAACAAUGUCUACCUCUUGAGCACACAUCUGGCAGAAGACAAAGAGUUAGAGUUUAUCAGAAAAUUAAAUCGUAAUCUUUUGGAAGUGUUUCAGACAUCGAUUGACGACAUUAUGCGUGAAAAACUUUAG